AUGGCUCCCAUCGCUUUGCCCACGCCUGAACCUCCUCAUCUGCUUGUUUCCCCCUCCAAGUCUCUCAAGAGCACUACGCCCGUUCCUUCCUUCCCCACACCCAUCAAAGACUUCCUGGCUGUUGAAGACAAGUCAGUUGGUGCUGCUGAAGUCCCCGAGAUCCUUUGCACAGCCUUCGGCCUGGCCCUUCGUUGUUACCGAUCGGAAGGCGUGGCCUUUGAAUACCAUGCCGAGUCGGCGGCCGAGACCGGAGCCGCGAUUACGCAUGUCGCGUUCGAUCCCGACGAGUUCCACAAGGUCGAUGACCUCCUCAACGCAGUGAGGAAAACAUUACAAAGUGCACAAUCGGUUCUGGAUGCGUCCACCAGUGCCUCCGACACCCCCUACCAGUCAUUUCGGAGCGCGGUAAUUUUCCGCGAAGGAUCCAGCGAUGACAAAUCCGUUCCACCCUCGCCCAAGCUUGACCUCGAGCUCCAUGCCACCAACUCUACCAAUGGCAUUGACAUCCAACUGCUGUACACCCCAUCCACGGUCUCGGAGGACCUGGUGAUCCACCUGGCCGAUACCCUCCGACAGACAUUCGACUUGAUCAACAACCACCCCGAAACCGAGCUCAACCAAGCCAGCUACCUGGGCCCACUCAGCCAGGAAAAGAUCUUCAACUGGAACGCGGCUCCCCCGGCGGCCGUGCUCGAGUGCGCCCAUGAGCUGGUCCGACAGAGAGCCGCCCGCCAGCCCCAGGCACCCGCCAUCGACUCAUGGGACGCUCAGAUGACUUAUGCGGAGCUGGAUACGCUGUCGGAUCGAUUGGCCACCACCCUCGUGAAGGUGGGAGUCAAGGCGGAGGUAAUUGUACCGCUCUGCUUUGAGAAGACGGCAUGGUAUGUCGUGGCCCUGCUGGCCGUGCUCAAGGCCGGGGGUGCAUUCGUUCCGCUGGACCCGGCGCAUCCUUCUGCGCGUCUUCGGGAGAUUGUCGGCCAGGUCGAUGCACCGGUUGUAUUGACGACGGCUAAAUACCAUGGCCUGUUUGCCGACUUCUCCGUGAAGGCACUGGUAGUCGAUGCCGCGACGAUCAAGGAGCAUCCCGCUCGCAGUCGGGACUCUAUUCCAGCAUCUGCUUCCAACCCGGAGAACCUCGCUUAUGUGAUCUUCACCUCGGGCAGUACAGGUAAGCCCAAAGGCACAAUGAUCCAGCACCACAUCCUGGAAAUCCUCACCGGGCUGAUUUUCGGUGCUUGUAUCUGCAUCCCGAAUGAGCAACUCGGACGUGCCGACUUCGUCCAGUCCAUGAACGACUUCCGUGUUAACUGGGCGUUCCUGACCCCAUCAGUGCUGAAGGUCUUGUCUCCGGACCAACUCCCGCUCCUGAAGACCCUGGUCUUGGGAGGCGAAGCCAUGUCCGAAUCGGAUAUGAUGACCUGGGCGGGAUGUCUCCAGUUGAUGAAUGGUUACGGACCCAGUGAAUGCUCCGUCGCUGCCACCGCCAAUACCAAACUGAACCCCCACUCCAGCCCGCGGAAUAUCGGCCAAGCGAUCGGUGGUGUGUGCUGGAUCGUGGACCCGGAGAACCAUCAUGUGCUCUUGCCGGUUGGUGCCGCGGGUGAGCUCAUCAUCCAAGGCCCGAUCGUCUCCCGUGGGUACCUCAAAGACCCGGUCAAAACUGCAGCGGCAUUCUUCGACAGCCCUGUGUGGAUGAAGCCCGGCACGACACCGAUCUGGAACCGUUUCUACAAGACUGGUGAUCUGGUGCGCUAUGAUGCGGAGGGCAUGAUUCACUUCAUUGGACGGAAGGAUCACCAAGUCAAGCUCCACGGACAGCGCAUGGAACUGGGAGAGGUAGAGCACCAUCUCUGGACGGAUAGCCUGAUCCGCAACGGCAUGGCUCUCGUGCCAUACACUGGCCUCUGCAAGGCCCGUCUGGUCGGGGUCGUGUCCCUUGACAAACAGCAUGCGACCUCGCCGGUACAGACGCACCCAAGUAUCCGUCUAGUGGACCAUGCAGAAGCUGCUGCAGACACACGGGCCAUUGCAGAGCGUCUAUCACAACUGCUUCCCACGUACAUGGUUCCCACCGUCUGGAUUGUUCUGGAAAGUCUGCCGUUGAUGUCAUCCGGCAAGAUGGACCGCAAGAAGGUCGCCGACUUGGUGGCGGAUAUCAGCCCCGAGGCGUUCCAGCACAUCAUGGGCAACACCGAUAAUCUUAGCGACGCGACGCCUGUGAGCAAGACCGAAGCCCUGGUGCGCAAGGUCUGGGCAAAAACGCUCGACAUCCCCGAGGACCAGAUCAGCAAGCACAGCAACUUCUUGUCCGUGGGCGGUGACUCCAUCAAGGCCAUGGCUGCCAUGUCCGAGUUCCGCCGACUGGGAGUAACUGUUCUAGUAGCUGACUUGUUGCGAUAUGAUGUCAGCGAGGUUGCUUCGAAGAUCGAAGAAUCCGGUGAUGCACACUUGCUCCUUCUGGACGGCGAGACGGGCCGCAAGAGUCAGCUCCCCGUGUCACAUCUGCAACAGACGUUUCUGGAGGCAUCUCGUCUGGGCAACGGUGCGGUUCACCAUGCGAUCUUGCUCGAGCUGGGCCAGAAGAUCCGCAUCCAGCAGCUGAGCGAGUCAUUGGACAUCCUGAUCACAUCCUACCCGGCACUCACCCUCGGCUUCCAGGAGCAGAACGGCACAUGGUCGCAGUUUUUCAGGGAUCACGACGAGCUAGAGAACCCCGCUUACCACUUGAACCUGAACCAUGUUGCUAGCUUGGAAGAAGCGCAGGAGAUUGUCCAGCGCCGUCAAGCCUUGCUCUGUGUGGCUGGCAAUCCAAGCUUCAUGGUCGAUCUGUUCACGGUCCGUGGUGCACAGUAUAUCUCUAUUGUGGUGCAUGCGGCUGUGGUUGAUACGCAUUCGCUGAACACUAUCAUCGGACAUCUGGACUACUUGCUGCAGUCCGAUGCAGACAAGGAGAAGCAGAUCUGGGAAAGCCAGCUUCUAUCCCAUGAUGAGUUUUCUCGUGCCUGGAUUGACCACCUCAAGAGCGAGAGUGAUCUGGGGGCAGUUACCAGCCCAUCGGGAGCCUUUGCCAGUGUUACUUCUAUCAACAAUAAGGCAUAUGUAGCUGAGGUCCUAGACUUGGAUUCUCAUACCACUAGCCUGCUUACCGGACCUUGCAACGUUACAUUUGAUACGAACGCAGGGGAGCUACUUCUUGCCACGUUGAUCCUGUCAUACGAGCAGACCCUCAAGAGCCAUGACCGUCCAUCCUCGGCUAUCGUCAAGAGCACUGCGCGUCAGUCUUCCACGGGCAAGCACCUAGGAGAUCACGUCGGACAAUUCUCUCUACUGCAACCCGUGCAUGUGUCCUCGAGCCACCGAGACCAGAUGACCCUUCAACUAAUCCGGGAGGCCAAAGACCAGGUCCGCCAGAAGGGAGAAAAGGUGCUGUCGGAAUCUGCAGACCUGAUCUUCAGCUACGGGGUGUCCGGUCAAGCUGUCGAAGGGGUUGUGUUGAAACAGACAACCACCGUGGCGCCACGGAGUUUAAGCGCUAUCAUUCCCACGGUGCUACAGGUUUCCUCUUUCAUCGAAGACGGUCAGCUCAAGAUCACUGUCGGAUCUGACCAAGUCCGCAGCCAGGAGCUAGCUCAGCUGGCCACCCAGUUCAAGCAAAACAUUGCGCAGACCGUUGAGUUGCUGGCAUCUGGCACAGUGAGGGAAUUGACGCUGGCAGAUUUCCCGCUACUUACCCUCGACUACCAAACCCUCGAGAGGAUGAACCGCCAGAACUUCCCACGACUCGGUCUCAAGUCGCAUCAGAUUGAGGAUGUGUAUCCUUGCUCUCCAUUGCAGCAGGGCCUUCUCUUGAGCCAGGCCAGGAAGCAGGGCAGCUACAAUGUCUCGAUCGGAUGGGAGGUCACUCCCAGGGCAUCCUCUGACCGGGUCGACAUUGGCAGACUGCUCUCUGCGUGGCAACAGGUGGUUGAUUUCCACCCGGCACUGAGAACAAUCUUCACCGACGACCUCGGUGGCAAAGAUCCCUACGCUCAAAUUGUUCUCAGACGUCCGAGAGCCGAAAUCUCAGUGACACCUUGCUCCGACGCUGACGUGGACUCGAUCCUCGAGGAGACAAUUGAUCUCGGCACUAGCCCGGUGGUCCCUCCACACCGAUUCAACAUCCACUUUACGGCUGAAGGCCGAGUCUUCUGCAGAGUCGAUGCGAGUCACACCAUUGUCGACGGCGUUUCCAAGGCAUUGAUCAUGAGGGAUCUCAAGCGAGCCUAUGCCGGGAGUCUGGACACGCGUCUGGGAGGCCCCAAAUACAGCGAAUUUGUCAAGUAUGUCGCUGCCAACGACAUGUCGGCUAGUGUCGCGUUCUGGAAGAAUCAGCUUGCGGAGGUUGAGCCAUGCUAUUUCCCCAAGUUGGCCGAUACGGGAGCUGCGCCUGAACUUAAGUACGCCCAGGUGGCACUGGAGACAUCUGCCAGUGUUCUGCGCGACUUCUGCAUUUCUCACCGUAUUACUCUGUCCAAUCUUCUCCAGACCGUCUGGGCACUUGUCUGUCGGUGCUACGUGGGCCGGGACGAUGUCUGCUUCGGCUACCUGGCAUCGGGUAGGGAUGCACCCAUCGAAGGUCUGGUCGAUAUGGUGGGUCCGACGAUCAGUGUGCUGAUCUGCAAGGCCUUGCUGGACGAUUCCACCAUUGUCAAGGACGCGUUGAAGACAUGCCAAGCAGAAUUCCUGGAUUCUCUGUCCCAUCAACACUGCUCUCUGGCUGAGAUUCAGCAUGCCCUUGGACUCGCAGGCAUGCCGCUUUUCAACACCGGUAUCUCCUUCCAAACCAUGACGGGUGUCGACAGUGAUGAGACUACUGCCGAUGUUGACUUUGAAGGUCUCGUCGUACGAGAGCCGACCGAGUACAACAUCACCGUCCACGUUAUCGAUUCGCCGGAUAAUGUGGACAUCAAACUCGGAUACUGGACCGACUGUAUCUCCGAGUCUCAGGCCCAAUCCGUCUCGGGCACGUUCUCUGCUAUUCUCAAGUCUGUGCUCGAGAACCCCGAGGCUCGAGUCGACCAGCUCAGUGUGAUUGGCCGGUACGAUCUGUCGCAGAUCGUUGCCUGGAACGAGGAUGUUCCAGAGACCUCCCAGUCCACGGUCCCAGACCUCGUGCUCCAACAGAUCAAGCGCACCCCCCAGGCCAUUGCCAUCGACACCCUGAGCGAACAGGUAACGUACGAGGAGUUUGGAAACAUGUGGUCGGCCUUGUCUCAAUACCUGACUGAAUUUGGUAUUGGCCCUGGGGAUUUCGUGCCCUUGACUUUCGAAAAGUCGGCGUGGGCAAUCGUGUCCAUGCUCGCUGUUCUGGCCGCUGGGGCUGCGUUCGUGCCACUUGACCCGAAGACCCCAGUGGAGCGCCUUCGCGAGGCUUCUCUCCAGACCUCAGCCAAACUGGUUCUGGCAUCUCCUAAAUAUGCCUCCAACUGGGAAGGUCUCGUCCCGGCGAUUGUCAGUGUUGAUCGUACCAUCCUCGACGAGUUGACCAACACGAGCAACGGACUCAGACCGGAAGUCAGGGCUCGCCCCCAUCAUGACGCCUAUGUCAUCUUCACAUCGGGCAGUACCGGAAAGCCCAAAGGUUGUGUCGUACAACAUUCUGCCUUCUGCUCCGGAGCCCUCGCGCAAGGCAAGCUCGCCUGUCUCGGCCCUUCAUCCCGCGUGUUGCAGUUUGCCUCCUACAGCUUCGACGUCAGUCUCCUCGAGAUCAUGACAUCCCUCAUGUUUGGCGCAUGCAUCUGCGUGCCCGACGAAGAUCUCGGAAAAGACAUCAAGCGCUGCAUCAACGAGUUCGCCAUCAACUGGACCUUCAUGACCCCCUCUGUUCUUAAGCUCCUGCAACCGGCCGACGUGCCCUCCCUGAAGACCUUGGUUCUCGGUGGCGAGGCUCUUUCGAAGGGUGAUAUCCUCACCUGGGCCGACAAGUUGCAGCUGUACAAUGGAUACGGGCCUAGUGAGUGUUCGGUCGCAGCCGCAGCCAAUCCCGGCCUGCAGACGACCACGGAUCCAGCCAACAUUGGAAAUGCGGUUGGUGGUGUGCUCUGGGUUGCGGAUGCAAAGCAGCCAUCGAAGCUGCUUCCCAUUGGAGCUGUUGGUGAACUUUUAAUCUCAGGACCCAUCCUCGCAAGAGGCUACCUCGGCGAUCCCGAGAAAACUGCCGCUGCAUUUGUUGAACAGCAGAGCUUCAUUCCGGGAGCUGAGGAGCGGGAGCGGUUCUAUCGGACUGGUGAUCUCGUGCGGUACAAUGCCGAUGGCACGAUUCAUUUCAUUGGCAGAGCUGAUGGUCAGGUCAAGAUCCGUGGCCAGCGUGUCGAACUGGGUGAGAUCGAGUACAACAUUGAGCGUGAUGAGCAUAUCCAUCAUGCCCUCACUCUGCUCCCAUCUCAGGGUCCGUUCAAGAAGCAGCUGUUGGCCGUGGUGUCUUUCAAGGGCUUCGAUCUCCCCGCCGAGGAAGGACAGGUUUCGCUGGUCCCGGAAGAUCAGAGACCCGAGAUCAUGGCAGUCGUGACGAAGAUUGCUAACACCAUCUCAGCAGCUCUGCCCGUUUACAUGGUCCCUGCUCUGUGGGUGCCGGUGAACGCAAUCCCCCUGCUACCUUCUGGUAAGUUGGACCGCAAGAAGGUCCGCCGAUGGGUCGAGGCACUGGACGACGCUACGUAUGAGCAGAUAGCCAAUGUAGGGUCGAAAGCCAGUGGCCGGGGCCCAAGUACGCCCACUGAGUUUGCAUUGCGCCGGAUCUGGGCCUCGGUGCUUAACCGUCCCGAGGAACAGAUCAGCAUGGAGCGGUCAUUCCAGAGCCUCGGUGGUGACUCCAUUUCCGCCAUGCAGGUCAUCGCCCAGUGUCGCGAUGCCAAGCUCUCCCUCGCAGUCAAGGAUCUCAUCCAGUGUCCGACUAUCGCCGAACUGGCGGCGCGAGUGCGACCUUUCGACGAGGAGGCUGAGCCGGUGGAAGACGACAUUGGCGUUCCCUUCAACCUUUCGCCCCAGCAGACCUGGGAGUUUGGACUGAAGCAGCACUGCGAUCUCAACCGCUACAACACUACGUUCCUCCUGUCGAUUCACAGCGAUGUCGACCUGGAGCCAGUCGUUGACGCGACCGUCCAACGUCACCCCAUGCUCCGUGCUCGGUUCCAGCGCGAUGCUUCUGGCCGUUGGAUGCAGUAUAUCCCUCUCGACCGGUCCAACAGCCAUUGGUACGAGGAGAUGGAUGUACCUGAUGUGACCGCCAUUGAACCCUACACCGCUCCUAACCAGUCCGGGUUCGACUUGGAGCGUGGCCCCUUGAUGCGUGCCAUUGUCUUCAACCUUCCGAACGGAGACCGCUACCUCGGCCUCACGAUCCACCACAUGGUCAUCGACACCGUUUCCUGGCGAAUCUUGCUCCAGGACCUCCAACAGGGUCUGUCCUCCGGGGCCAUCACCUCCCACCGCUCCGACUCGUUUGCCCUGUGGUGUCGCCGGCUCAAGGAACACGCGGAGCAGAAAUGGACGCCCGAAUACGUGCUGCCCUUCUCGAUCCCUGCGCCCCGAUACGACUACUGGCAGAUGGAAGAAUCCAUGAACCUGUUCGUGACCGAAACCAUUCAGGAAUUCUCUCUCGACACCAAGACCACGGCUCGCUUGAUGGGCAAAUGCAACCACCAGUUCCAGACCAAACCCCUCGAUAUCUUCCUGUCAGCGAUCUUCCACGCAUUCAGCGCAACCUUCAGUGACCGUCCCGUGCCCGCGGUGUUCAUUUACAGUCACGGUCGUGAUGAAUUUGGUGGCGACCUCGACGUCUCGAACACCAUCGGAUGGUUCACCUCGUCCACCCCGGUGGUUAUCGAACCGUCCGCGGAUAUCGUGGAUGACCUGCAGGCUGUGCGCGACGUGCGUGCCAGCGUCCCGGGCAACGGCGUCCCGUACUGGGCGACCCGCUGGCUGACCGAGGAUGGACACGCCGCGUUUGAGCAUCACAGUCCGUUUGAGCUCUCCAUGAACUACCUCGGUCAAUACCAGCAGCUGGAGCGGGACGAUUCGGUGCUUCGCUAUGUGGACGUCAACAAGCCGAAGGCGACUGGCUCUGGAUCCGGUCUUCUUCGGACGGCGCUGGUCGAGACCCAGGCGAUUGUUAUUGGUGACUCGCUGCAGAUCAAGUUCGUGUAUAACACGCGCAUGGCACGGCAGAAGCAGCUGCUCGAGUGGCAGGCGAAGGUGAAGGAGUCGUUGUUGGAAAUUGCGGAGCGUUUGGGAGAUGCGGAUGAGUGAGAUGCUUUGGAUUGUAUAGAAUAUAAUUUCCUCAUUCUGGUUCUUUGGCUUUGUUGUCUAUACCUCGAUUCUGCUGGAUAUUUGUGGAGUGGCGUUGGAAGGGAGCUGCACAUUAUUUCAUUGAUUGAGCACUUGUAUAUAUGUCGAUCUCAAUUUCAGAUUCUGCAAACUCAGAUGAAGCUGCCUGUAGAAAUCACACCUCACUCUGUA